UCCAUGAAAUCCGCCAUGUUCGAUUAAUGGCCCAUCUCUCUUUUUAUAUAGGAAUAUAGGAUAGGAUAGGAUUCUUAAAGUUUGGACAGAAAUAAGAGAAAGAUUCCGAAAAGCGAAGUACAAUUCAUUUCGCCAAAGAACUUCACAGGAUAGCAUGUCGAACCUAGUGAGGAAUAUCUUCAAAUAUUCCGGGAAUUAUUUGAAGUCCUCCUAUCGAUUAGUUCAUAAUGAAGUUAGUAAACAUCAAGUAGACACCCAGGUGCAGGUGGAGGAAGCAGAUGCUCCCAUAACACUCGAGGAGAAUCCGUUCAAGAAGGAGAGAAAGGUUUGCAUCCUCUGUAGAUUAAAAAUCGAACCUGAUUACAAGAAUGUUCGGCUUUUAUCGCAAUUCCAAAGCUCCUACACUGGCAGAAUUUAUGGAAAACACAUAACUGGCCUCUGUAAAGCAAAGCAAGAGAAAGUGGAGAGAGAAAUAUUAAAGGCACAAAACUGUGGGUUUAUGCCGGUUUAUAAUAAAGUACCAGAAUAUCUGCAUGACCCGAGGCUAUUUGAUCCGGAUCAUCCCUUUAGACCCCAUAAAUUCUGAGUUUAAUUGGGAUUGUACAGUCUUUUAUUCCGAAUUAGAUAUAAUAAAUGAUGGAAAAGAU